AUGAGGGGCCGGGGGACGGGAGCAGCAGAUCGGGGAAGCAGGAACGCACGGGGGAGUGGGGGACAAGACGAGGAUCACCGACGGCAGAGCUGGGACAGGCCGCGGCGGUGGCCCAAGAGCGGCCGGCCCCGCCAGGCCCAAGCGCGGCCUCGCCCCCAGGCCGAGGCGGCGGCCAAACCGGCGGCUACGGCCGGCUCCGUCCCGGGGCGGCGGCACCACCAUCGCAGCGGCGGGAGGGCGCGGUGCGGUGCCCGGUGCGGCAUCCGGCAGCCCCGCUCCCCCCCGCGGCGGCGGCGGCCUCUGCCAAGGACACGUGUCACUGCCGGCCGCAACCGCGGCCCCGCAGGCACCGGCGGCGGCACGGGAGGACAGGCGCGGCGGGGCGGGGGCGACAAGGCUCGCAACACAUGCGGCGGCGGCGCCGGGCCUAGGCGGGCGCGGCGCCGGGAGCACGUGUGCGGCGGUGGCGGCGGCGGGGCGCACCGGCCGGCACGUGGGCGCGGACCGACGCCGCCGCCGCGGGAUCACUGGGACGUGGGGACCAUCGGGACGAGCGGGGCCCAGCGCAGCAGCGAAGCGAAGCACGGGACAGGGCGUGGGAAGGGGGUGGCGGCGGCGGGGCGGCACCCACGUGGUGGCGGCGGCGGCGACGCGACAAGGCCCGGCGGAGCGAAGCCCGGGGAAGGGGGGGGAAUAGGGCGGCACGCGCGGCCCCGGUACCGGCGCCCCCCCCACCCCCCGCGGGGCGCGCGCCCGCCCCGCCCCCGCCCGUUACCUUCAGUCUCCUUCAGCGCGCGCGGCCCGACGCAGCCGCAGCGCAGCGCAGCACGACCAUUUCCGGAGCCGCGCCGCGCGCAGGGGGCGGGGCCGCGGGGCCGCGCGCCCGCCGCCGCCGCGGGGGAGGGGCGCACGGGGGCGGGGCCGCCACGCCCGGAGCCGCGCCGGGCCCCGCCCCCGCCCCGCACCCACUCAGGGACCGGCACCAGCGGCACCUGCACCCAUUCGGUGCUUGGCACCACCGAGACCCGGCCUCACCCAGGACCUCCGCCCACCCAGAACUUCACAGUGCCCCGGCGUGCACUCACGCGUGCUCCAUCCAGCCUUGGCCACAGCCGUGGCCGCACCCUCGUGCACCAGUAA